UUUCUUUAGCUUGAAGCGCCCUCUGCUGGUCAGGCGGUGUAAUUACAUCUCAAACACCACUAACAGUAGUGUGGACUGUGGAGGGUAAAAAGAAAAGAAGUUUAGAGACUACAAAACUUUCAUGUGAGCUCUUAUUUAUAAAAUACUGUGGACUGUUUGUGUAUGAAAUUGUGUUUUUAUAACAGAAGAACUUAGUUUUUGGAGAGCUAUGCCUCGAGCAAAAGUUUUCACACUGCGUCUAACAGUCCCAAACUCCCGCGAGACUCUUUGAAAUUGACAAUAGACACACUCUAUUAUAUUUUUCUGAGUAAAUUCGGUGGUGUAAAAAUUAAAACGCCUCCCGCCAUGUUCCUCCAGACUUGAGAAAUAAGGAAGUGGUGGGCUCACCUUAGCCUGCAGCAGGGUUGCACACAGGUGAGGGAGUGGCCACCUGCCUGCCGCCUCCUGCUCCACUCACAGACUGUCAGGCCUGGACUCUCCUGGAGGAAUAACGCACUCUGUCUCUGUCUUUUAUUCUCGGAGGAAUUCAAUCAGAAUCAGGAUGCUUUUGAUAUGAUGGAGCCCACCCAACCGUGACCAUGUAUGAGGUGAUGUCAGGUGACACCCUGGCCUGGAAGGUGCCCAGCCCCAGACAAAGUGACACCGGGCCCAGCCCAGAAUCCCUCUUCCAAGGAGAUGGAGGCCCGACCAAGAUACUCAAAGUGUGCUUCUGCACCAACAACAACCUCGGCAAGAACUUCAAGCUGGUGAAAUGUGACGGCUCCUGGCAAAUCAGGGCAAUUAUACGAUCAAUUCUGAUCAGCGGUAGAUUGGGUCCGAACAUUGAACACGCAGGAUGUUACGGUAUCCUGCUGAAACACCUGAAGUCAGAUGAGCUUCACUGGCUGCAUCCAGACCUGACUGUCGGGGAGGUGGAGAAACGCUACGAGAGCCAUCAUGUGGAGGCUGAAUGGAGGUAUGACCUCCGAAUCAGAUACGUUCCUGUCAACUUCCUGGAAAAAUUCAAAGAUGACAGAUCUACGUUUGUCUAUUUUUACCAGCAGGUACGUAGUGAUUACAUGCAGUACCAUGCCAGUAAGGUCAGCGAUGGGAUGGCGCUCCAGCUCGGCUGUUUGGAGAUCAGGAGGUUCUAUAAAGACAUGAAUGCUAAAGGUCUGGAGAAGAAGUCCAACUUUGAGCUGCUAGAAAAAGAAGUGGGGCUGGACCUUUUCUUUCCUGCAGAGCUGAUUAACAGCAUGAAGUCAAGGCAGCUUCGGAAGUUGAUCCAGCAAACGUUCCAACAGUUCGCGACACUCAAGGAGGACGACUGUAUGGUGAAGUUUUUCGAGACCCUCAAAGAGUUCAAUAACUAUGAUGAAGAGGUUUUCCCCUGUGAACUCGUGCAAGGUUGGAGUCUGGCAGUGGAGCUGGUCAUUGGUGGGAGGGGGAUUCGUCAACGCACACAGAAGGAUUCAGCAGCUGUUUUUCUAGCUGACUUCAAACAGAUCAAGAAAAUCCACUGCUUAACGCAGGGCAACGGCAAAGCCCUCAUAAACUUCGACAUAGAGGGGGCCAGACAACGUCUGUCGAUCAAUGUGGCCACGGUCCCUGUGGCGGAGAACAUGAUGGACCUUAUCGACGGCUACUGCCGCUUGGAAACUGACACAGAUGAUACGGUUAUCUACAGACCAAAUAAAGAUGGUAAUACGCGAACUUCCCUACCUGAGCUCCCGACAAGCAGAGACACCAGCACGCUGAGGCACAGUAUGGGCUCAGAUAUCUACUGUGAGAUCCUCGAUGAAAGGCCAAGAUCAGUUGUGAAGUACGGGAUCGACAGGAGUGACAUUGUUCUGGGACGGAUCCUAGGAGAGGGUUUCUUCGGGGAAGUCUACGAUGGAGUUUACAAAAAAGCUGACGGUGACAGAGUCAACGUAGCGGUGAAAACCUGCAAAGACUGCUCCCCUGAUGUGAUGGAGAAGUUCAUGAGUGAAGCAGUUAUUAUGAAGAACCUGGACCAUCAGCACAUCGUCAAACUGAUCGGGAUCAUAGAGGAGGAUCCUGUGUGGAUCGUCAUGGAGCUCUAUCAGCAUGGAGAGCUCGGGAACUACCUGACCCAGAACCACGGCACGUUGACAAACAUAACGCUGGUUCUGUUCAGCCUGCAGAUCUGCAAAGCUCUGGUCUACCUGGAAGGAGUCAACAUGGUGCACAGAGACAUCGCGGUUCGGAACGUGUUGGUGGCCACUCCAGACUGCGUGAAGCUGGGAGACUUCGGUCUGUCCAGAUACAUAGAGGAUGAGGAGUACUACAAAGCAUCCGUAACUCGGUUGCCGAUUAAGUGGAUGGCGCCAGAAUCAAUCAACUUCAGACGUUUCACCUCGGCCAGUGACGUGUGGAUGUUUGCCGUGUGUGUGUGGGAGAUCAUGAGUCGCGGGCAGCAGCCGUUUUUCUGGCUGGAGAACAGAGACGUCAUCAACCAGCUGGAGCAGGGGAUCAGGCUGCCCAAACCAGACGACUGCCCCCCGGCCCUCUACUCACUCAUGACCCGCUGCUGGUCCUACGACCCUGGAGAGAGACCAAACUUCACCGAGCUGGUGGUCAAGAUCAGUGAUGUCCACAAUAUGGAGAAGGAGCAGGAAGUGGAGAGAGAGCGAGACAGGGCACGCUCCACCAAAUAUUUUGACCCCAAGUUCAACUUCAACGAGCCUCCUCCGAAGCCUUCAAGAAUGAAACCCGGGAGGUUUGGGAACACGCUCAGCAUCGGCCUACACAUUCAGCUGAACGAGGCCUUGUGUGCCAGCUCACCUGACCUUGCUAGCCCAUGUGAAUACCAGUCACCUGUGGACUCUAUGAACACUCUACCCCUGCCGAUCAGGUCCCCUCGGCGUCGCAGCAUGGGGGAGAGCGAGUUUCCUCGACUGGAAGCAAACACCCGGGAGGACGCCCAGCGCCUGUGGCAGAGAGAGAAGCAGCACAUGCACGACACUCUCCGCCAGCAGAAAGAGCAGAUGAUGGAGGAUGAAAAGUGGCUGGAGAAGGAGGAGAGACUCCUGGACCCAAUGGGACCAGAGGACCCUAACAACCCUGGGUCCCCUGAAGCCGACACAGGGCAUGCAGUUCCAGAGAAACCCCCAAGGCUCACAGCGCAGCCCGCACCGACCGCUGAGCUGGACCGCUCCGACGACAAAGUGUACCAGUCCGUCAUGAACGUCGUCAAAGUGGUCGUCCAACUCAAGAAUGAUAUCCCCGAGAUGCAGCCGGAGCUAUACAUCACCAUCGUCCAGUCUGUCGGGAUGGCUUUACGAGAUCUGAUCCGCAGCGUGGAUGACAUACUGCCCACCUUGCACGAGUCUGUCAGGACUGAGAUCGAGGGCACCCAAAAGCUGCUUAACAACGACAUGGCAGAGCUGAUCAGCAAAAUGCGUCUGGCCCAGCAGAACGCCAUCACCUCUCUGAAAGAGGAGUGUAAGAAGCAGCUGCUGGCUGCGUCUCACACUCUGGCUAUGGACAGCAAGAACAUGUUGGACGCUGUGGACCAAGCCAGAGUCAGGGCCAACCUCGCCAAGCCGGUGACGCUCUAGUGGACUGUAAACAAUCUCGUUCAAGGUCACAUGUCAAGAUUUGAUCACUUUGCUUCAUCUUGAGUCAGAAAUGAUGAGCUUAGUCACAAAGUCAGACUGUGAGCGUCUGUUCUCAUGUAAAUGUGUGUUGUUUGGUUUUAAUGUGAUGCUACAGCUCAGUGGAGUAAAGUUAAUGUGCGUUUUUACUGAGGUAGUAUAUACUGUAUACAGAAUUAAUGAGUCAGCAUCAUGUCUAGGAGGUCAGAGCUUCACUUGUUCUGUUUGUAAUCUGUGAUAUAUUCGUUUGAUUAUUUGCCCUGAAAUGGAAUUAUUCUUGUAAAUAUAAAAACUGUCUCAUAUUAGGUACAAUAGAAUUUACUGAGAGGCAUAAAUAGGACAUUUAAUACCAUUUCAAACACGUAAAGUUCAGUCUUUUAACAUUUACCUUAAACAAAACACACACAUGCUUUGGAUACAAACAUUACUGAUCUCAAAUUUUAACUUUAAAACAUUGAGAUGAUCACAAAGAUAUAUUUCAGGUACUCCGCUCAACUUGAAAGAUUUUAAGUUCUCUCAAUAUGUCUUUUAUUAUUUGACAAAAUAAAGCUAUUACAUGUAAGUCAUGUUACAUGAAAAUAAAUGUAUUGAUGCUCA